AUGGGUAUGCUUGGGUGUAAACCUGCUUCCACUCCUAUGGAUUUUAAUAUGAAGAUCUCAGCUGAGUCUGGAGAUUUCCUUUUUGAUGCCUCGCAGUAUCAGCGCUUGGUAGGAAGAUUAAUUUAUCUUACCAACACUCAUCCUGAUUUAGCUUUUGCUGUUGGGCUAUCCUAUUUCAGUAAUGUAGACUAUGCUGGGUCCAAAACUGACUGGUGUUCCACAUCUGGCUUCUGUAAUUUCUAUAGAGAUCAUCUUAUAUCUUGGAAAAGUAAGAAGCAGCCUGUAGUUUUGAUAUCUUCAGUAGAGGCUUCGUAUCAUGCCAUGGCCCAGGGUACUUGUGAGAUUCUCUGGCUUUGA